AUCAAAUAUUAUAUCGAAGUACCGAAACACCUGAUAAGUAUUGAUUGUGAAAACAAAAGGAUUUGCAGUUGCAAAUUCGAGCAGGAUGGACAUGAUAAACAAGUUCUACUCAUCUGCCGUGCAGACGGUGUCCACAUUAUCCGGCGUCUUGCCCGGGAACAAUGUGACGCGGGAGUACGAGGUGCUGGACCAGGUGUGCACCGCCGGAGUGGGCCUGAUGUGGAAGGUGUACAAUGGCCACAAGAAGAGCACCAAACAGGAGGUGUCCGUAUUCGUCUUUGAGAAGAAGUCCCUGGAGCGCUGGUCGAAAGAUGACAGGGAGACCAUGCUGGAAACACUGCGUCGAGGGGUUCAGCAGCUGACCAAGAUUCGUCAUCCGCAUGUGCUGACCGUACAGCAUCCGCUGGAGGAGAGCCGGGACUCGCUGGCCUUUGCCACGGAGCCAGUCUUCGCCUCGCUGGCCAACGUUGUGGGCGACAAUGUGCGCUCCGACAAGAAGCUGUACGAUGUGGAGAUCCGACACGGUCUGCUGCAGCUCUUCGACGGCCUGCAGUUCCUUCACCAGGACGCCAAGAUUGUCCAUCGCAACAUCAGCGCCGAGACGAUCGUCAUCAACAAGAACCGCAGUUGGAAGCUCUUUGGCUUUGACUUUUGCAUCGCCAACCAACCGGCCACCGAUGGCACACCGCACUGGCCCUUCCGGGAGUACACCACUUCCCUGCACGUCCUGGCUCAGCCCAGUCUGGAGUAUACGGCUCCCGAGUUGGCCCUGAACAGUGUCAACACCCCCGACAGUGAUCUCUUUUCGUUGGGUGUCCUCGUCUUCACCAUCUAUGCCGGAAAGCCGCUGAAGAUGUUUGGCAGCGAUUACAGCAGCUUUCGACGCUAUGCUAAUGAUCUGAACCAGCGGAAAUAUCCACCCAUGAACGCAGUGCCCAGCGAGCUAACAGAGAGUCUCAAAGCUCUACUGCAUCCCAGUGCUAGUUUGCGACCCAAGCUGCACGAACUAAAGCAGAUCGCUUACUUUCAGGACGUUGGGGUCAAGACACUAAGCUAUUUGGACUCUCUGUAUCAGUGGGACAACCUGCAGAAGUCCAAGUUCUACAAGGGCCUGCCGCAAAUCAUUCCGACGCUUCCACAUCGCGUCAAUUUGCACUCGAUCCUACCCUAUCUGGUCAAGGAGUUUGUCAACUCGCCGAUGAUACCGUUUGUGCUACCGAAUGUCCUGCUCAUCGCGGAGAUGAGCAGCCAGCGAGAGUACUGCGAUCACAUCCUUCCGCACCUGAAACCGAUCUUCAAGCUAACGGAUCCCAUUCAAAUUCUGCUGAUCUUUAUGCAAAAGAUGGAUCUGCUGCUGAAGCUCACGCCGGCGGAAGAGGUGAAGCAGAGUGUGCUGCCACUGUUGUAUCGAUCCCUGGAAUGCGACAUGCCCCAGAUCCAAGAUCUCUGCCUGGCUGUCCUGCCCACAUUCUCCACUCUGAUCGACUACAACGCAAUGAAGAACUCGGUGCUGCCGCGCAUCAAGAAAUUGUGCCUGCAGAGCAGCAAUGUGUCGGUGAAGGUUAACUGCUUGAUUUCCAUUGGCAAGCUCCUGGAAAAUCUGGACAAGUGGCUGGUGCUGGAUGAGAUUCUACCCUUCUUGCAGCAGAUUCAAAGCCGCGAGCCAGCUAUUAUAAUGGGAAUAAUUGGCAUCUAUAAAAUCGCAAUGACCAACACCAAACUGGGUAUAACAAAGGACGUGAUGGCUCAUAAAUGCAUUCCAUACCUGGUACCCUUAAGUGUGGAGAACGGCCUAACCAUAGCGCAAUUUAAUACGAUUAUAGCCCUGAUCAAGGAGAUGAUGGCCCGUGUGGAGCAAGAGCAGCGGGAGAAACUGCAGCAACUGUCCACUAUACAGAGAGACAACAAACCAAAAGAUGCUUCCGAAAUAUUAGCCAAUGAGCUGGAUAGCUCUACCAUCUCCGCCAAUGGUGCCGGUAAUGGUAACAAGAUCAACGAUGACAUGUUCUCUGGGUUCUCUGUGGGCCAGCCAAAUGCCUCCUCAGCCGCUCCACUGGCACCGGUCAAGGCCAGGGAACAACUCAAAAUAUCGCACAAUACAAUAGCAGCGCCGCCGGGAGCCAGGCCAGAUAUUCUGUCUUCGAUGAUGCAGAGCAACCUCACUGGUCUGGGGACAACAGCAGUGACAGCAGCAGCACCUCCUGCACCAGCACCCAUACAACAAAUGCAGACCAAUAAUGGUUGGCACAGUGCGAAUCCUUUGGUGAUGAACCAUCAACUGGCCUCGCCGCAAGCGAGCAACAACAAUUCCUUCUCGCUGGACGACCUGGAUCCCUUCGCUGGUGGAAGACCCUCAGUUGGAGCGCCUAAGCCCAACAACACGAACGGUGCCAAUAUGUAUACGCUGCAGCAGCCCACAGUUAACUACAUUUAUCCAACCGGGUAUAGUCUGAAUAACAUCCAGCAGCAGCAGCAGCAACAGCAGCUUCUGGCAAAGCCCAACCAAGCGCAAACGCUACAGCCGCAGACACAGCCGCUGCUGCCGACGGAUAACCAGAACCUCAACGCACUUUCCCAGCAGGACAUACUUAACUUCUUGAACUAGAUACAGUCGUAGCCAAUAACAAUUGAUAGAACUCCAUAUUCCAUAUAUUUAAUAUACAAGGCAACUAUAGUUACCAGGUAGCAUCGAUUUGUGCAACCUAAUAUUCACUUAUACAACUAUUUAUACAUAUAAAUUUAUCUGUGCAGUGUGUGAAUGUCCCGUCUAAAUGUGUGCGUGUUUGUUAGUAAUGUUUUAAAUUAUAUUAUGUAGAUUUUAACACAAGUCUUUUGGACUCUUGCUCGUUGCCACAUUCCGCAAUCGAUAUAUCAAAUGUGAAACGAAACGAAUGCAUAUAGUUAAAUAGAAUAUGUAUUAUUAUAUUAGCUAGACAAAAAGCCAACCAACUAUGUUCUGUGCAAUUGCUCCUUAUCUAUAUUUUACAAAAUAUAUCAAAUUAA